GCGAGCCUGUGCGCGAGGGUGUUUAUUCACUUUUCUUAAGACUAAGGUGGAAUAACACCGUAGGGGAGAAAAAACAUUUGACAGUGUUUGUUUUAUGAUUCGUGAAUUAUUUCCACAAUGUCUACGAAAGCAGAGCAAUUUGCCUCUAAGAUACGAUACUUGCAAGAGUAUCACAACCGUGUGCAACACAAUAUUUACCCCGUGCCCUCCGGAACAGACAUUGCAAACACACUGAAAUACUUUUCCCAAACCCUGCUCAGCAUUCUGUCCCGCACAGGCAGGAAGGAGAACCAGGAAGCUUCCAAUUUGGCCGUGCCCAUGACCAUGUGUCUUUUUCCUGUGCCAUUCCCACUCACCCCAUCUCUAAGACCACAAGUCAGUUCCAUCAACCCUACAGUUACUCGCUCCCUCCUUUACAGCGUUCUGCGUGAUGCCCCGCCAGACCGCGGGGGGCAGGGGCAGCAGAGUCGGGACGCUCAGCUCUCAGAGUACCCCUCUCUGGACUAUCAGGGGCUCUAUGCGACCCUCGUGACCCUGCUUGACCUGGUGCCCCUGCUGCAGCAUGGUCAGCAUGAUCUGGGACAGUCCAUAUUUUACACAACAACUUGCCUCCUGCCCUUUCUCAGUGACGAUAUUCUCAGCACUUUACCCUACACUAUGAUCUCCACUUUAGCUACAUUCCCCCCAUUCCUGCACAAAGACAUCAUUGAGUACCUGAGCACUUCUUUCCUCCCCAUGGCUGUAUUGGGUUCCACUAGAAGAGAAGGGGGCGUUCCAGCAUAUGUCAAUCUAUCUGCCUCCUCUAUGCUAAUGAUUGCUAUGCAGUACACCUCCAACCCAGUAUACCACUGUCAGUUGUUGGAGUGUCUUAUGAAGCACAAGCAGGAAGUGUGGAAGGACCUGCUGUAUGUCAUAUCCUACGGACCAUCCCAAGUAAAGCCUCCAGCCGUGCAGAUGCUCUUUCAUUACUGGCCAAACCUAAAGCCCCCAGGAGCCAUCAGUGAAUACAGAGGCCUGCAGUACACUGCCUGGAACCCCAUCCACUGCCAACACAUUGAGUGUCACAAUGCCAUCAAUAAACCUGCCGUCAAGAUGUGCAUCGAUCCCACCCUCUCCGUUGCCCUGGGAGAGAAGCCCCCUCCUCUGUACAUCUGUGAGGAGUGCAGCCAAAGGAUAUCAGGAGAUCAUGCAGAAUGGCUUGUUGAUGUGCUCUUGCCCCAAGCCGAGAUAUCUGCUAUUUGUCAAAAGAAGAACUGUAGCUCACAUGUCAGGAGGGCGGUUGUCACCUGCUUCUCAGCUGGCUGCUGUGGGCGCCAUGGCAACCGGCCCGUCCGCUACUGCAAGCGUUGCCAUGUCAACCACCACAGCAGCGAGACGGGGGCUGCGGCGGAGACCCAUCUCUACCAAACCUCUCCCCCUCCCAUCAACACCCGCGAGUGUGGGGCAGAGGAGUUGGUGUGCACUGUGGAGGCUGUUAUCAGCCUACUGAAGGAGGCGGAGAUCCACGCGGAGCUGCGUGAGUUUGAGCUGAACAGGCGUCGUCAGAUGGGCCUGUCUGCCUCCCACCACUCCCUUGACAACAUCGACUUCGACAACAAAGAGGACGACCAGCACGACCAGAGGCUCCUCAGUCAGUUUGGCAUCUGGUUCCUGGUGAGCCUGUGCACCCCCAGUGAGAACACGCCCACAGAGAGCCUGGCGCGGCUGGUGAGCAUGGUGUUCCAGUGGUUCCACUCCACAGCCUACAUGAUGGAUGACGAGGUGGGCUCCCUGGUGGAGAAGCUCAAGCCCCAGUUUGUCACCAAGUGGCUGAAGACCGUGUGUGACGUACGCUUCGACGUCAUGGUGAUGUGCCUGCUGCCCAAGCCGGUGGAGUUCGCCAGGGUGGGGGGUUACUGGGAUAAGUCUUGCAACACGGUGACCCAGCUGAAAGAGGGGCUGAACAGGAUCCUGAGCCUGAUCCCCUACAACGUGAUCAGCCAGCCGCUGUGGGAGUGCUUCAUGCCAGAGUGGCUGGAGGCCAUCCGCACUGAGGUGCCUGACCAGCAGCUCAAGGAGUUCAGAGAGGUGCUCAGCAAGAUGUUUGACAUUGAGCUGUGCCCCCUGCCCUUCUCCAUGGAGGAGAUGUUUGGGUUCAUUGGCUGCAGGUUCUCAGGCUACCCAGCCUCUGUGCAGGAGCAGGCUCUGCUCUGGCUGCAUGUGUUGUCAGAGCUGGACAUUGUGGUGCCUCUGCAGCUGUUGGUCGGGAUGUUCUCUGAUGGGGUGAACUCUGUGAAGGAACUGGCCAAUCAGAGGAAGGCUCACGUCUCAAAUCUAACUGGGGAAAAUACUGAGGCUCGGAGGGAAAGCGUGGUUUCAGAUCCAGGCCGUCUUGGGCAGCACAACACCCUGAGCCCAUUCCCCAGUCCGUUCAGGAGCCCAUUCCGAAGCCCCCUGCACUGCAGUCCCUUUAAGAACCUAGGCCAUGCUACAGGACACUGUGCCCUGGACCUGGACUGUGACGAUGAUGACAUGAACCUGAGCUGCUUCAUCCUCAUGUUUGACCUCAUCCUCAAACAGAUGGAGCUCCAGGAUGACGGCGUGAUGCUGGUUCUGGAAAGCAGCCUGGGGAAAGACAUCGUGGGCAUCAUAAACAAUGUCUUCCAGGCCCCGUGGGGUGGCACCCACACCUGUCAGAAGGAUGAGAAGGCCCUGGAGUGUAGCCUGUGCCAGUCUAGCAUCUUAUGCUACCAGCUGGGCUGUGAGCUCCUAGAGAGACUCACCCCCAGGGAGGAGAUACAUCUGGUGGAGCCAACAGAUGGCUUGGAGGACACAUUGCUGUUGCCUCAAGUGUUUGGACCUGAAAAAGGGACAAAGGGAGGGACAGAGGAAGGGGACCAACCUACCAGCACACACACUGACAACCCUACCAAUCAAAGUGACUCUCCUGACAACCCAUCAAUGAAGAAUAAUCCUGACAAGAAGUUUUCCUACCAGCAGCUCCCUGUGUCUCUCAAGCUAAUAUACACCAUUCUGCAGGAAAUGUCCAAGUUUGAGGAGCCUAAUAUCCUGUUCAACAUGCUGAACUGUCUGAAGAUCCUGUGUCUCCACGGAGAGUGUCUGUACCUGGCCCGUAAGGACCACCCCCAGUUCCUGGCCUACAUCCAGGAAAAGAUGCUUAUUCCCAGACUGUGGACCAUGCUGAAGUCCGAGUUCUGCCAGCUGGCCUCCCUGGCCGUGCCCCAGCUCCUGCAUGCCCUCUCCCUCUCCCAUGGAGCAGACAUCUUCUGGAACCUGGUGGACAGCAAUUUCAACAGCAAGGACUGGAAGAUACGCUUUGAAGCAGUGGAGAAGGUAGCAGUGCUCUGUCGGUUCCUAGACAUCGGUUCUGUGACGAAAAACCACCUGCUGAAGUACUCCCUGGCCCACGCCUUCUGCUGCUUCCUGGCCUCUGUGGAGGAUGUCAACCCGGCUGUUGCCACACGCGCCAGGCUGCUGCUGGACACCAUCAAGAGCCCAGCACUACAGGGCUUGUGUCUGUGCCUGGACUUCCAGUUCGACACAGUGGUGAGGGACCGGCCCAUCAUCCUCAGCAAGCUGCUGAUGCUGCACCACCUGAAGCAGGAGGUCCCUGCCCUCAGCUGGGAGUUCUUUGUCAACCGGUUCGAGACGCUCUCCCUGGAGGCCCAGCUCCACUUGGACUGCAACAAGGAGUUCCCUUUCCCCACCACCAUCACAGCUGUGCGCACCAACGUGGCCAACCUUAGUGAUGCAGCGAUGUGGAAAAUCCGACGGGCGCGCUUUGCCAGGAAUCGUCAGAAGAGUGUGCGUUCCCUCCGUGACAGCGUCAAGGGCCCGUCCGAGUCCAAGAGGGCCUUCUCCCUCCCAGAGACUCUGUGUAACCGUCUACCUCUAAGACUUACGAGGCAAGAGCACUCUGCCCCGACUCUGGGAGAUAUGAUAGAGAAAGUCCUGCCAGGCCAGCCCUCACCAGAGGACGACUCGGUCAUCAGGGACCUGCUCCCAGAGGAUGCUGGGAUAGAUCACCAGACGGUGCACCAGCUCAUCAUGGUGCUGAUGAAGUUCAUGGCCAAAGACAAGAGCAGUGCCGAGGCAGACAUUGGCAGUGCCAAGGCCUUCAACACGGUGAAGCGCCACCUGUAUCUACUGCUGGGCUUCGACCAGCAGGAGGGUUGCUUCAUGAUCGCACCGCAAAAGAUGAGGACCUCAACCUCCUUCAAUGCUUUCAUCGCUGGCAUCGCACAGGUGAUGGACUACAACAUUGGGCUGGGGAAGCAGCUGCUCCCCCUGGUGGUCCAGGUGUUGAAGUACUGCACCUGCCCCCAGCUCAGACACUACUUCCAGCAGCCCCCACGCUGCUCUCUCUGGGCCCUGCAGCCACACAUCAGACAGAUGUGGCUCAAAGCCCUGCUGGUCAUCCUCUACAAGUACCCCUACAGGGACAUGGAUGUGAGUAAAGUGGUUCUGCACCUUAUCCACAUCACCAUCAACACCCUGAAUGCCCAGUACCACAGCUGUAGACCCCAUGCCACCGCCGGACCCCUCUACAGUGACAACUCCAACAUCAGCCGCUACAGCGAGAAAGAGAAAGAGGAGGACAGUGUAUUUGAUGAGUCUGAUGUCCAUGACACCCCAACUGGAGCAGGCAACAAGGAGUCCCAGACCUUCUUCGCCCGUCUGAAGAGGAUCGGUGGCAGCAAGUCUGUCAAGUACCAGCCAGUGGAACUGAAUGCCCAGAAAAGUGAAAUUGAGCUGUCUGAGUACCGCGAGGCCAGUGCGCUACAGGACAGCAUCCUGCACUGUGUGAGGGAGGAAAGCACCAGGAAGAAGCGCCUGCAGGCCAUGCACAAGCAGAAGUCCUUGGACAUUGCCAACACUGACUCCAUCCUCUACAACCUGGACGAGCACCGACGCAAGUCCUGCAUAGACCGCUGUGACCUGCAGCAUGGUCUCCCCGCACCCCCCUCCACCACCUCCCACCCCAGGCGGACAGGGGGCCAUGGGAAGGGCUCGUCAGAUGGUUCCUCAGGCCGUGUGGAGGGCAGCGUCCACCAGGACCGUCGAGGAUCCCGGGGGGGCCACUCAGACUGCUCCAGGCCUGUCAUCCCAGAGGUGCGUCUCAGCUGCAUGGAGACUUUUGAGGACAAGGCCGACCUGGACUCCCCUCUUACAGGGGGCUCAUCAGCAGAGAAGGAGGACCCGGACCUCAUUGACCUCUCCUCUGACUGUACUUCCAUCCCAGAGAAACACUCCAUCCUCUCCAUGUCCGACAACGACUCCCUGGUGUUUGAGCCCCUGCCGCCACUGAGGAUCGUGGAAAGUGACGAGGAAUUUGACCUCAACACAGUGAUGGGCAACAGGCUGAAUGGGAGUGCCAGGCUCCCAGCCUCCCCUGCCAGGCUCCCAGCCUCCCCUGCCAGGCCCCCAGCCUCCCCUGCCAGGCCCGCUGCCUCCCCUGCCAGGCCCCCAGCCUCCCCUGCCAGGCCCGCAGCCUCCCCUGCCAGGCCCCCAGCCUCCCCUGCCAGGCCCGCUGCCUCCCCUGCCAGGCCCCCAGCCUCCCCUGCCAGGCCCGCUGCCUCCCCUGCCAGGCCCCCUUCCUCACCUGCCAGCAGUAGCACCAUGCGCCUGUCUCGGGUGGUGCAAGUGAGCGUGGAGGACUGCUCUAUGGACAAGAAGACCACAGACUCCACAGCAAAAGAAAUCCCUCAACAGCCUUUACAGAGGAGGCCACGCUAUGCAACCCCCACCACCUCCCUGGAGCUGCCUGACCAGCCGGAGCACCCUGGCCUGGAGAGCCCCAUGACUCUCAGCUUACAACAGAAGAGGGACCUGCUGAGGAAGACCCCUGCUGUCCCUGACACCUCCCUGGAUGACUUUGUGCACCCUGAGGACCUGAAGGCAGCGGUGGGUCUGGGGACCAGUCCCUCUGGUAGGACCGUCUUCCUGGACAUUCCUGAAGACACAGCCGAGCCCCUCACCUCUCUGGAGGGGAACAAUGAUGAAGAGGAAGAUUAUGAAGAUGAUGACCUUGAUGACAGCGACCUGAAACCUGAUGAUGAUGAUGAGGAUGACAAUGACGAGGCAGAGUUUAAGAUCCAGAUAGUUCCCCGGCAACGCAAGCAGAGGAAGAUAGCUGUGAGCGCCAUCCAGAGAGAGUACCUGGACAUCUCCUUCAACACCCUGGACAAGCUGGGUGAGCAGCCCACUGAGACAGCUCAGUACCGUCAGGCGAAGCGGGGCUCGUUGGGAGCUCUAACCAUUAGCCAGCUGAUGAAGAGACAGUUGGAGCACCAGUCCAGCGCCCCUCACAACAUCAGCACCUGGGAGACAGGCCCCACCAAGACCAGCCUCCUAUCUGCCCCCAGUACAGUCAGUAUGUUUGUGCCCGCCCCCGAGGAGUUCAUUGAUGAUCAGCCCACCACCAUGACUGACAGGUGUCGUGACUGUGGUGCGGUGCUAGAGGAGUAUGAUGAGGAGACCCUGGGCCUGGCAGUGGUGGUGCUCUCCAUGUUCAUCCACCUCAGCCCUGACCAGGCCGCUCCACUGCUGCUGGACAUCCUGCAGUCUGUGGGCAGGCUGGCGUCUAGCGCUAAUUUCUCUGGGCAAGCUGAGAGUAUGCUGAUCCCUGGCAACGCAGCAGGUGUGGCUAAGCAAUUCCUCCGCUGUGUGUUCCACCAGCUGGCCCCCAAUGGCAUCCUGCCCCAGCUCUUCCAGAGCAACAUCAAAGAUGGAGGUUUUCUGAGAACAUUGGCUUCUUCCCUGAUUGAUUUUAAUGAACUGAGUUCUGUGGCUGCGCUGAACCAGUUGCUGGAGGGUCUGAACAACAAGAGGAGUCUACCAGCAGGGGGCACCAUGCUGCACUGCCUGGAGAACAUUGCCACCUUCAUGGAGGCCCUGCCCAUGGACUCCCCCAGCAACCUGUGGACCACCAUCUGCAAUCAGUUCCAGACCUUCCUCACUAAACUACCUUCUGUGCUGCCUCUGAAGUGUCCCCUGGACUCCAGUUUGAGGAUUAUCAUUUGUUUGUUGAAGAUCCCCACCACAAGUGCAACCCGGAGCUUACUGGAGCCCUUCUCCAAACUGCUGAGCUUUGUUAUGCAGUAUGGAGUGUUCAGCCUCUCUUACCUGGUGGAGCUGUGUGGCCUCUGUUACAAAGCCUUCAACAAGGAGAGAGAUAAGUUCUAUAUGUCUCGUAUUGUGGUGCUGGAGCUUCUGCAGGCUCUGAAGUUCAAGUCUCCUCUACCCGAUACUAACCUGCUACUGCUGGUCCAGUUUGUUUGUUCAGAUAUUGGUACGAGGCUAGCAGAGUCUACUAUUCUGUCAAAGCACAUGAUCUCAUCACUUCCAGGGUGCACGACAGCGGCAAUGGAAUGCAUGAGGCAAUACAUCAGUGAGCUUCUAGACUUCAUAGCAGAUAUGCACACACUGACCAAACUGAAAAACCAUAUGAAAGCGUGUUGUCAGCCACUGCACGAGGACACGUUUGGAGGGAACCUGAAAGUGGGCCUGGCACAGGUGGCUGCCAUGGAGAUCAGCAAAGGCAAUCACCGUGACAAUAAGGCAGUGAUCCGUUAUCUUCCCUGGCUCUACCAUCCCCCGUCCACCAUGCAGCAGGGACCUAAGGAGUUCAUCGAGUGUGUGUCCCACAUCCGCCAGCUGUCCUGGCUGCUCCUGGGCUCCCUGACCCACUAUGCCCUGCACCAGGGCUCCACCUCCUGUAUGCCCAUCCCCCUGGACGCUGGCUCACACAUCGCUGACCACCUCAUCAUCAUCCUCAUCGGCUUCCCUGAGCAAUCCAAGACGUCAGUGCUGCACAUGUGCUCCCUGUUCCAUGCCUUCAUGUUUGCCCAGCUGUGGACCAUCUACUGUGAGCAGGCGGCGGCCGCCUCGGCCCUGCAAAACCAGAACCAGACAGAGUUCUCUUCCAAUGCCAUACUGACGGGCCUGGAGUUCUGGAGCCGCGUCACACCCAGCAUCUUGCAGCUCAUGGCCCAUAACAAAGUGAUGGUGGAGAUGGUGUGUCUACAUGUCAUUAGCCUGAUGGAGGCUCUACAAGAAUGCAACUCAACCAUCUUCGUGAAGUUAAUACCUAUGUGGUUGCCCAUGAUUCAAUCCAACCUAAAGCAUCUGUCUGCAGGGCUCCAGCUGCGACUGCAGGCCAUCCAGAACAGGGUGAACCACCAGUGUCUGCAGGGCCAGGCAGCCGGGGCCCUGCCCUUUGCCCUGCGCAAGUGGCUGCAGUGCACCCAGUUCAAGAUGGCCCAGGUGGAGAUCCAGUCAUCAGAGGCCGCUUCACAGUUCUACCCUAUGUGACCUGCCCACCUCUCACGAGAUCCACCAAGACCCAGGCCACCUCAGGACCAGCAUGCAUCUGCCUAAUGCCUGCCUGCCUGACCAUAAACAUCAGGAAGUUGACUCCUGCAUAAACUGACUCUCACCGUCUUAAGACUCUGCUUCUGACGUAAUCCUCUUCAGCACCGUCUAAACUUUGUAUAUCUAUACUACUAUUUUGUGCAAUGAGAGGGAUAGGUGAGUACAGGUCGGGCAGGUGUGCAGAUGCAGGAGGAUAACAGUAGAAUAAAUAACAGUUUAGCUGCCCAACAUGCUGUGUGCAGCGUCAGAGGUCAAACUAGAUGGAGGGAAUAUCUAGCAGCACUGCACAUGACUAGAGUGGAUGGAUGGAGAAUGCUGUAUGCUGAAGCUCAGACUUGUUUACUUGGUGAUACUCAUGUUCUAUAUCGUUAUUUUUAGUUGCAAGCCUGACAAAAUAAUAAAAUCAAGCCACAUGUUCUAAAUAUA